GAGGCUUAGCAGACGAGACGCCGAAAUUACAAGUGAGAAAAAUGGCGACAGGAAAGCUGAAAGGAAAACCUUGGAAAAAGUCGAGAAAAGGGACAGGAAUCAAAGGAAUCUAUGAACCGUGUAAUACUGAAAGACUAGAUGAAAGGAUGAAUGGAUCAGUUAUUGAACAGACAACCUACAUGUCUUUAGAUGUUUUAGCUCAAGUUGCUGCAGAUACUUUGCAGAAUAGUGAAAAACUUCAGUCAAAAAUUGCAACUAAAAAGAUGUCAAAACGCAGCAUCCAGUGCCUUGAUAUAUUAAACCUUGAGCAGAUCCAAAUGUUAUCUGAAAAAUCUUUGCUUAAUUUCUUCUCUGAGAUGACAUGCAAUGAAAUGACACGGAACUUUACUUACCAAUGUUUCUUAAUACCAGACAAGUGCUGUGAGAAGUUUACCAGUUUCGGUAACGAGGCCAAAGCAAAGCUGCAGAUUAGACAACAUUUGGCUGAUCAUAUUCAACAACUUUUGGAUGAAGCUAAUGAUACUGAAAGGAAGUAUAGAUUUAUUUUCACUGCUGAACCAGUCCAUGUUCGACAACGGAGACUAUCAGAAAUGGAUAAAAUGAAGAAAAGAAAAUCAGUAUGUGUAAAUAGUAGCCCUCUAAAUCGAAAUAACCAACAGAGGACACGGCCAUUGCGGAAAACAUUCACCAGUUUAAAGGCUUCCAAAGAACCCCAUUGUGAGAACAAAGUUCCAGUUGAGAGUGCCAACAUUUGUGACAUUGAUCAAGCACAGAUCUUACCAAGGUGUACUAGAUCUUGGAAGAAACGUAAAGUCUCAGCUGAAAAGAGUGCUGUACCCAACCAAAAUGGUUCCUGUUCUCAAAGAACCUCCACCCAGAAACAAUUGUAUCCUAGAAAACAAUUAAAGAAUAAAAAUCCACCCAAGUGCAACAAACCAAAUGCUGUUAUCCCACUUUUGAAGUCUCCAAACAAGAUGGAUGCCCCAGCUGAAGGGGAGAACAACAGAACUUCAUUUCCCCAUGUAGAUGAGGAUCCACUUCCCAAAGAUGCUGCAAAAAGAAUUGAAGAAAAUGAACUUUUUAUUGUGGAUCUAUUAAACAGGACACAGCCCUAUCUUGACCAUUGCUACACAACUAUUUUUGGUAAAAAACGUGGAAUCGAAACUUUUCAUCAGCGUUUGGAUGCUGAUGAAUGUAACAAUAACAACAACAACAGUGACAAUGAAGAAAAUGUUGACUCAGCUGAAAGUGAUAAAGAAGUGGUUCCAAUAUUAGAGUUCAGUUUGUGUAAUGCUGGGGAUGUUCCAGAAGUGUCAGUGGAAGAAAUUGUUGAUUGUCCAGAGAUUUUAUUAGCAAGUGAAGAUUCAUUGGGACAUUGUGGACUGAAACCUUAUCCACCGAUGCCAAAAUCAGCUUUAGCAAAGAAGGGGAAAAUCCAAGUGCCUGAAGAAGAGGAAUCAUUUAGUGAAGGUGAAAGGAACCUGGAAGAAUCCAAUGGAAGGAAAAGUGAAGAUAAUGAAAAUGUCAUUGAUGAUUUGGAGAGAAAAACUGCUUUACACUGCAUCCGAGAACUAAAAGCCCGAAAGAAAGAUGAGAAAAUUUCCCUUACUUGCCAAAUUUGUUUAAAUAAAACUUUUACAGCUAGUGCAACACUAAUGUAUCACUAUCGCAGUCAUGCUGGGAUCAAACCUUUUGUGUGCCUUCUAUGCAGAACAUCAUUUACCAGACAACACAGUCUCAAUUAUCAUAUGCUAAUUCAUAAUGACCAAAGUCGAUUCACAUGUAAAGACUGUGGGAGAAAAUUUAGACAUCCGAGCCAUUUUAAGGAACACCUACGGCGGCAUACAGGGGAAACUCCUUUUGAAUGCAAAGACUGUCCUCAAAAAUUCAAAACCCGUAACACAUAUAAAAGACAUCUGAAAACACGACAUGGGAAAUUGCUAACUGCAACAGGCAUCCAUGUGUUAUCCAAAGAAGAGUUUAUGAAGGUAAGGACCAAACCAUACAAAAAAUAUCAAGGUGUAAAAGACACAGAAGCAGUUGUAGGCCAUGUAAAUGUUGGAUUAAAUGAAUCAUGAUUGGUUGGUCCUUAUCUGGAAUCCUUGCUGAUAGCAACACAAAACAAACACUGCUUCACUAUUCUCAUCAACAUCUGCUAUUGUAGUUCAUCUCAGCAGAGAUGAAGCAUGACUUCUUCAUCUCUUCUACAAAGCAUAUCAAUAGGUACAGCAUUACAAACAAAGAUGUGGUCAUUUGUAAAAUGUGUAUUGGCUACAGAAUACUUAACUGUAUCAGUUUGCAAUCUAGGACUUAUUAAUACAUCAGGAAAAAUGGCCCUUGUGCACUCUAAUUCUAUAAAAUACACAGAAUCUCUUGUACAAUUAUUUAAUUGGAUCUUGUCUGAUUGAUUCUUAUCUGGAGUAUAUUUCAAAAAUGCGAAUUGAUUCAGACACCAUGUAAAAUACUAAGAAGUUUAGAAUUAUGUGAAGAAAACGAUUCUCCUUCAUGGUUGAGUGAUUAACAAUUCCAGCAAAUAAAUGGAUUUACAGAGUCUUUGAAGCCAUUACCAUGGAAAUAUAUCAAAUAAUGGGGAUGGGGACCAAAAAAAAAAACAGAAUAUAUUUGGUAUAAUGCAUCUAUAAAUAGAAUGUUGAUUGGACUUGUUCCCCAUCUGAAAUUUGUUUGCAAUAUAGUGCCUCUAAAUAAAUGAAGAAAGCAACCAAGUGAAAUGUUACUGAAUGAUUAAAUUGCACCUAUUUGGUUCACAUUUGGAACCUAUAACUUUGUGCCUGUAAAUAUUUGAAGAACACAACAGCCUAAAGAAACGUUUGUUAGAAGACUGUCUGGCUGUAUACCAUCUCAAUGGUGCUUGACUUGGAAUUUAGCAGUCAAUCCAUAGCAUUUAUUUUAUUUUUGCAUGAACACUUCAUAACCAAGCAGUAACAUGUAAGGAAAGAAAUAUUUCUCGUAUAAGCCAGAUAUUUAACUAUUUUAAUAUCUAUAUCUUUAUCAUUUCUAUACAUACAUACAUACAUACAUAUGUGUAUGUAUGUGUUUGACGGCCAAAAUGUUGUUACACAACGAUAUAUACAUUUUCAUAAACAUUUGCUUCAGUGGUUUUCUGUUAGGAAUUCUGCAUUUCCCAAGGACAAGAAUCUCUUAGUUUUGUUAGUGUGAUCUAGAGUAAAGUGCAGCACUUUAUUUACUCUUUGAUAGAGUACAAUGCCUCAUUGAGGCUCAAACCACAAGACUCAACGGUUAAGUUUUAUUUCUCUCAGUCAUUAAGUAAGUAUAAGUGUAAUCUACAUACAUACAUAUCUAUCUAUCUA